AUGUCAUGUAGUUGUACAAAAGAAAAUCAUGAGGCUGGAAUUGCCAGGCGACCAUUAUCGGGUACAAAAAGAGCCGAAAUACCUAAAGAAGCUGAAACACUGGGACCAUUAAAUGCUUAUGAACAGAAUAUACAUAAAGCAGAUGAAGAUCUUCUAAAAGCAGGAAAUUUUAGUUAUGUUCCCACAAUGGACGUUAUUAAAACAGCAAUCAAGGAAUACAAAAAACAGUAUCAAUUCGAUGAAGAUAUUUUUAAAGAGAUCAAAAUUCUUCGUUAUUCGAUGUUUACAUCUGAUACACAUUCAAAAAUUCUGAUCGUAGUGAACACCAUUUUGCAUAUUUAUGGUGAUCCAACAGUUGUUCGUACUGACGAUUGUAUUCAACAAUUAAUUACAGUGCAGGAUAUACUUCAGCUUGAUAUAGAUAAAUGUUUAAACGACGAAAAUGUAAUGAAAGAUAAUGACGAUAUAAGACGGACUUAG